AGAGCGAGCCCGUAGCCCACGGGAGGAGGAAGCUAUAGAAGCUGACCGCGAUCCACUGCAGGUCUUCAGGUCCUUUGGUACAGCAGAUAUCAAGGCUAAGAGAGGAAACCUGCUUCUGAUCCCUGAAGAAAGAAGCAGAAAAAAAACUCAACAUGGAAAGUGUCCCCAAGGAAUGCAAAGAAGGUGAGCAGGCUCCAGUGCAGAAUGAAGAAGAAGCCCACCCCUUGGCAGGUGGUGAAGUCCAGGAGCCUGGAGGAAACAUUAGAGAGGGUGGGGCUCCACCUGCCCAGGAUGUUAGAGAGGAUGUGCCCAAUGGGCUUGCCAAUAACAUGGAUAUGGUAAAUGGAGAUGCAGAUGAUAUGGAAUGGUUCACAGAGGAGAUGAGAGAGCUAAGGAGGAAAAUUAGAGAGCUUCAGUUGAGGUACAGACUGUGCAUUCUCAUAGGCGAUCCCCCUCACCAUGACCAUCAUGAUGAGUUUUGCCUUAUGCCCUGAAUGCUGAGGUUAAGAAUAAUAACGCGCCCCCCCCCG